CACCAUUAUUUAUGUUUAAUAAUGGAGAAGAAGGUCCAUUAGCACCACUUUUGGAGACUUACGACUUAUUAAGUUUCUACUACACUGACCCCGAAACUGUUAGUUUAGACCAGCGGUUCUCAACCUGUAGGCUUUAGGUCGCAAGGGGGUCGCAGGACCCUUUUCCAGGGGUCGACUAAGACUAAGACCAUCUGUAAACACACAUAUCCUUACAGCUAUGAAGUAGCAACGAAAAUAAUUGUGUGACUGGGGGUCACCACGACAUGAGAAACUGUAUUAAAGGGUCGCGGCAGUAGAAAGGUUGAGAACCACUGGUUUAGACAGACUAUCAAUCAGGACAGUAUGUGUGAAGUGAGUGGAAUACUUACUAUCAUUGAUAGUAUGAGUAUGAAUGAUGUCAAUGAUCAAUGAUUUGAAUGAUGUAUCAUUCACAUUGAUUAUAAUUUUUGAGGAAAACAUGAAAUGAUUGUGUGUUACUAUUUUUUUUUAAAUUCUUUAAAAACUCAAAUGAUGCCAAUAAUCUAUUGGCUGCGGCUAUUCGGACCUGGUAUCAGAAGUGAGAAGUUGGGUUUAUUAAAUAUAUUAAAAUAUUAUCGUAGGCUAAGGGCCAAUGUUUUUUUUUUUGUAGGACAAAAUUUGGUAUCAAAUGAAAGUGAAAGAUAAUUGAAUACCGGUACUAUACUAUAUUAUUAUUAUAGUUUAUAAACUUAAUUCUUCAGAUUAACUAAAAUAAACUACCACGCCACAAAUGACAUCCGAAUAGCAUUUAGUCGUAAGGGACCCGGGUCCCAAUAGAGGCAACGCGUGUCCGGAUCCAUUUUCCACUCCAUUCAAUUAUCUUUCAUUCCAUACCAAAUUUUAUCUACAAACCCAACAUUAAUAUUUUAAACAUUUUUUAAUCCCAACUGUUGGCCAACCUCGCACUUCUAGUAGCUGGGUCGGAAUAGCCACUUCGUUAUCUAAUAGCUGUAUAGUAGUACUAGUACAUUCUAAGUAUGACUAUGAGUUAUAUUUGUGAUAAUAUUUUAAUAAGCCAAAGUGCAAAAGUACUGACAAUUUAACUAUAAAAUUCCUGCUCAUUUCUUCAGUGAUAAUGAUAAACACUCAGUGGACCAAGGAGCAUAAAUGGCAUAAUAGACUUGAUGUGGAGUCAGUGAAGGUGAUAAUACUCCCACAAUAAAAUUUUAAGAAUAUGACUUGCUCAGACUUUUAUAGUUAUCAGAAGUUAUAUCUUUAAAAAAAAAAUCACCAACACUGGGUGGAUGAGACUCAAUUACCUUAGAUGGCGACUAAUCUAAGAGAAGGCAAAUUCUGAAAUGGGGUCCUUUAGGGCAGUGGUUCCCAAACGUUUAAGUUUGGCGGACUGGUGAACAAGUUUCAAAAUUUUAUCAGGGACCGGUGCAUGAUUUAUUUUUAUACUUUUAUUUCUAUUUGACAAUAAAUAUUUAUGUAAUGGGGACCAGCAGCUUUAUGCAUGCGGACCGGUGAAGGUCCACAGACCGCCAUUUGGGGACCACUGCUGUAGGGGGUAUGACAUUGACACAAUGAAAAUUCUGACCACUUUUUCCAACGUAAAAUACACACAGAGCAAAGUGAAACACAAGAUACACUGCAUCCAGGUCUAUUUACAGCUGUCUUUACACUAAGCCUUGCCAUUUGAUCAAAUAGGCAAGGACGAGAGUCGAGAGAGUGAGGCUGAGCAACUCUCCCUUACUUUAAACAAAAUACAGCUCAAGUAAAAAAAUUGCUUUGUCAAACAACAAAGUGUCAGUAGUACAAAGUACAAUAUAGCAUUUUAUUGGUUUCUUUUAGAAUAAAAUUUUAUAUCUUAAAUAAAACGUCCUCCAUUUAAAUUGAAAUGUCCUCCUGUUUCAUUUUUGCAUCUGGUAGCCCUCGCUCUUCAGUUCAGAACUGAGUCUUCAUUACUUCAGUUGUUUUAGGUACAGAAAGACAGUCAGUGGACAGUAGGUCUAUACAAAAAGUAUUUGAAUUUUUAAAAUCCCCAUAUAAGUCCAUUAAGUUUUUAUAAAAUUUGGCUAACAAAUAAAAGUAAGAAAUAAUUCUCAAAAAAUGCUUCACAGUGUCAGUGAGUAAAAAAUAAGUUGCAUCAUGUAAGAUUUGAUACAGGUUACAUAAAGGCCUAACACUAACAGUAAUAAAAAACAUUAUUUAUAAAUCUGAAAUAUUAAUUGCAUAUAUUAUUUAUUCAGUGGCCGCCCCUAUAUAGGAAAAUAGUUCUGCCAUUCAUGCCACCUCAUCCCCUUAACACUAGUGUAUAUAUCACUAAUAAUAUAAAUUUUAAUUCCACAGUAAUCAUGUGAUUGAAAUUAAAUGAAAUUUUAAAUGAUGUCCGACUUCUCUCUUGUUCGUGUUGUGUUGUUAAUUGCCUUCGGAGCCCUGGUAAGUUUCUUUGAAACACACCAAAAAUAUUUAGAGAUCUUAAAAGGUUAAAUAACUUCAAAAUAACAUGCCCUGACACAUUUCUAGGUUUUCUACACUAGAUUUAGAUCUAGUCCACAUAUUUUUUGGUGAACAUUACGGUACAGAGAAAAUAUUUCAAUAUAUAAUUUUUUUAAAACAUUGGAUUAAAUUUAUUGAAUAAGUUAAUGUUAAGAAAAUUUAAUACUUUUUAUUCUAAAGCCACCUUCAUAUUAUUAUGUUCUUUUCUUCAUUUAUAUUUAUUUUAGCUCUUCAUUUUGGUAUUUCUGUUUGCAAAACGGCAAAUAAUGCGGUUUGCUUUAAAAUCUGCCCGUAAGCCUCAUGUUAAUAUAGGAUCUGAUGCUCCUAAAGUAAGUUUUUAGAUUUUAGUGUCUCCAUAGCCUUUUCUAAACUUUGGUGUUAUGCACUUAUUUUUUAAAUUUUUAUAAAUAGUUUUACCUACUUCCAUAAUUAUUUUAAAAAAUAUUCUACAUACCCGGUACUUUUAUUUUGCAAAGCUUUUGAGAGAGAAGAUCCACCAAUGUUUAAAAAUGACAGAAAAUCUCUGUUUUGAACCAACUCUACUGUCAGAACAGGUUCAGAAUGCAGCCAAGUCUAGUAAGUUUCAUUUUGUCUCAUGAUAAUGUUAUUUUUGUUCACUGGCUUUUAGGUGCCAUCCAUUAAUUAUGUCAACAAAAUAGGGGGGUGGGUGGAAAUGUUUGAAAAUUGUUGAAGCAGGUGGUUGUGUGUAUCUAGAUUAGUUGACGUCAACAAUCAUGUUUUCUCUAUUAAAAUUUUAAUCUUAAAAAUUGACUGGUUCUAACAUUAUUUUAACAGAUUUAAUGGGUGUAAAUUACAAUAGUUUUAUAAUUUAUAGGCUUUUAACAAUAUAAUAUUUAUUUAGUGUGUGUCUGUCUGUGCACUGCUGAUGGUCAAAAAUUUAGCACACUUUGUUACCGGUAGUGCAAGAGAAGUCAAAAGUUGGCCUCUCUUCGCUUGUAGAUUUUCUUUGUCGAGGUUCAAAUGUCAUGUGCAGUCAAGAUAAAUGAUAUUGAUAGAGUAGGAAUACAAUAUUUUGAGAAUUAGGGGAAAGUAAAGUGAGUAACAAUAAUAACAUCGCUGCUUGAACAGCUUUGCAAAAUCUGUAACAUCUAUUUUGCAUCACAAGUCAUGUUGAAAUAGCAUGUUCAACAGCACUGAUGAUGCAUAAGAAAUUACCACCUGCUCCUCAACAAAAACGGAUUUGACUAAUGCAAGUAGCUGCCAGGAGACAGAGAGAGCUUAUGGCAAUUAUUACUCACACUGUUAAUACUUCUAUUUUAAGUGCUGAAUGGUUAGAUGAGGAUGAUGUUGACUUGUCUGGUCUAUCAGAUCCGUAAGAUACAAGUUAUAAAUCAGCUUCUACUUCUAUGCCCAUUUUUACGAUAGAGCCACACCUGGCUACUAACUGGGGAGAUGAUAGCAGCUAGAAGCUAUGCUACAAUUUUCAGCUAUAUUGACAAUAUUCAUAUUUAUACUUUCACAGACAAUGAUAUUUAGUCUUCAACAACCUUUUCAUUGAUUCUGCAUAAUAAAAUUUAAGUGUAAAAACUUUUUAACCUGUUGAUUAACAAGCUAAGGAUGCCGUAAAAUAUUUUUCCUAAAAUUUUAUGUUUUUAAAAUAGAUCCGCUCAAAGUAAAAUGUAUUUAUAAAUUUAUUUAUAUUAUAAUUCAUUUUUUUAAAAGUGGGGGGGGGGGGGGGGGGUUGGGGGGGGGGGAAUCAUUGAAAGUUUGACAGUUGUUGACAGAGGGUGUAAAAAAUUGCUUAAAAAUUUUUGACGUAAUUAAUGGGCGUCCCCUUAGUUAUACAAUAGUAAUUUAUUUUACUAUUUGUGACAAUAAUAUCUUAUUUAAGAAAACAAUGUAAUAAUUUUGGAAUAUUUAAUAAAUAUUUGCAUUCAUUUUUUUCUUUAGUGGAAAACACAUAUUACUACCGCAUGAAAGCUCUGGAUGCAUUUUCAAAUGCAGGUAAAAAAUGAUGCACUGUUUAUCUAGCUUUUUGUUAUGAUAUCAUUGGUACCUAUAUAUCAUAUCUAGCUUUUUGUUAUAUCAUUGGUAGCUGAGAGACCUUUUGGGUUUUUGGUGCUUUAAAUUUAAACCUUAAUACUCUCAAUUAUCAGUUACUUUUGACUGUAAUUUUUUCUCUAAAUGACAUUAAAUAUGUAUGUUUAUUUCAAUUCCCUAUUUGCAUCUGUUCCAAUUUGUACUUAAAUUAAAUUAAUUUUUUUUUUUAUGGCAGUCACCACUCUUCAGCUAAUGGAGCCCUCAAUACCCAGGAGAGAAGCCAAGCAAACGAUUCAGCUUUUUCUCUACUGUUUGUGCCCUAGUGCUGUGGAUAGUAAAGAGGCAACAAUAAUUGAACAAUUUGCUCGCUGGUAUCUUCAUGCAAGGCACAGCCCGGCGGUUAGUAAAAUUUAUAAAUAUAGUCAGAUCAGUGCAGCUGAAGAACGUGAAGUCAUAUGUCAGGGUGAUGGUGGAGUUUAAUUACUGUACCGGUAACUAUUUUAAAGCCAUUUAAUUUUUAACCCUUCCACAAAGUCAACAUUUCUUUAAAUUUACUGUUGUUCAAUUAGGCAUCUUUAUUUGGUCACUCAGUUCUAUAAAUAAUGUCACUAAUUUAUUCUCCCCAAAACGAGUGCUGUAGUGAGAGUUGGGGUAUUUGCUGGUAUACCUUCUACUUCUGCUCGUUACGCCUUGAUUUUGAUGGGCCUCCAUCUGCAUCCAACUCUGCACAGUGUACACUUUAGGACUAAAUCACGUCCAUUAUGACGUAAAUUAAAUACCGGUUGUGGUUAAAUAUGGAAUAUCAAACUAAAUUAUCUACAGUUUAUUACAUGAGCAUUUUUAAAGUAUAUUACCGGUACAAAUUUACUGAUCAAAUAAUUGAUGUAAAAAAGCAAUUUGAUUGAUCAUAAGCCAGCGUGCUAAUCUGUACAAGCCUACUACAACUGUAUAUCAAUAACCAAUUGUAAACAGAAGAGAUACUGGUAUAGCUUGACCAUAACAUCACAGUAACUGUAUUUUCAUAUAUAGGUAGUAUACCGGUACUGAAAUAAGGGUUUUCUAUACCGGUACUAUUAGAGCACCAUUUUUAACUUACAUCACAAAAAUCAUAAUAUUUUUAUAGGAGUUUGGAGAAGAUGAAUUUGUCAAAUAUAUGGAACUUUUGGACAAGGUUAUCCGACUGUAAGUAUUUCUUGGUGCAAAGAUCCUUAAAACUCUGCAAAGAACUUAAGUUUCUCAUGGUAGCUGUAGCUGUUGAAUACAAAAUAUGGGAUCAUGUGCAUUAGUUUAUACAUUAGUGACUUUUAAAAGUUUAAGCAGUUUCAUGCCAUUUCUUUAGUGAUUAGUCUUUUCUUCCACACUGUACUUCUCCUCAAUUCUAAAGUUGACUUAGAGAUUUGAUUGUGAUGCAUUGUUCAUACCGGUACUCAGAUUUUUAGCUCUGCUGGUCAUCCUUAAUAUUAGAUAAAUAAUUCCAUAAUCGGAAUUAAAAAAUGAUACCGGUAAUAAGAUUGAUGAUAAUAAUUCAUUAAUUAAUAAAUUACUAUUUAUUGUAUAACUGAAAAUAAGUGUUGAAUUCUCAAUCAAAUCUGAGACAACUGCAAUAUUUUCAUGUUUUCAGUAUGUUAGUGUCUUCUCUAUUAAUAGAAUAGCUGUCCUUUAAAAAGGAUAAUGAAUGAAGGAGUGUUCAAGAUAUGUGAAGGAAAUGUAGAAUAAGGUAUGUGGAAGCUUGAAUUAAAAGACAGUACAAUAAGAUAAGAAUGUUUAGGCUGAGAGCCUUCCUCAGCAUACAGGACAAAUGAAAAUAUGACAAGAAACAGAAACUAGUUAAAAACUUUAGUGACCGCCAUUGGUAUUGCGGGAAGUUGGAUUUUCCAAAGCCAAGAUUACAGGAAGUAAAAGAAUUUAUGUAUUAUUAUUGACUGUGAAAAAUAAGAUCUGAACGGAACAAAAUAUUUUGGAGAUAUAUAAAAUACCCGUACCUUAUAAGAAAUAUGGAAAGAAAUACAAGGAAAUUGAGUAGGAGAGUAUUUGAUUAAUACCAUAUGGUGAUAUUGUGCUGAAAAGCUGAAUUAAUUUGUUGUCCAUUUUAAUUUUAACUCUCUCUGGUGUGUUGGUACAGGAAAUCAGGGCUGUAAUGGAUACAUCUAAUGUCCCUUCAUGUUUAUCUGCGAUGAAAUGGGAUGAGACCGGGGAAAUUUUACCUUGUUCAAUAUGACUAAGACUAAGAUGUUCUUAUGUUAUUGUCCUGUCUUUCGAUUCCAGCUUCCACAUACCUUGUUCUACUAUUCCUGUCCUUUAUAAGAGCUUUCCUUAAUAUUUAUUUGUGUGUUAUUACAUACUAGGAUAAAAAUGGACCAAAAAAGGCGGAGUAAAAACAUAAAAGCUGUUGAUUUGGAAGUUCAGGUGAGAAAGGGAUCUAAAGGCUCGGAGACUGUGACGAGUGCCAGAAAGUAUGAGACUAUUUUAAUGGAAGAAAUCGGCAAGCAUAAAGGAUGUGGAGCAUCAGAGGUUGUUGAUCGUCAGCCAGCAAACAGGGACAUGUCAAGUGGGUACAGCAGCACAGAUAGAUCCAGCAGUCAGGGUAGUGCGGAGAGACUUCUUAUGAUAGGGGAGAAAAGGUUGUGAUGCUCAUCACUCAUUUUAUAAAUUUUCUGCAUUGCCAGAUAGUAAAUCAUUUAGCCUUGCAACCCCUGAAUUGCCACUUCAAACCCCUUGGAGGUUGAAAAACCCUGUGUUAAAUAUUAGUUUGAAUUGUGUCCUAAAAAAUUACAUUUAUAAUCAUAUGAUCACGUAUAGGUGGGUCUUUCGUGUAUAAUGUCACACAAUUUUUUUGACCCCUGUAAAAGACUUUUCUACCACACCUACUUUACUACAAAUGUGGAUGACACUCUAAGCUAAAGGAGAAAAAAAAGCAAUUCUCAGAAAUUAUCAUGAUUUUCAAGAGGGGAAAAAUUACACUAAUAAAUAAUAGUCACUCAGUUAACGUUAAAUGCAGUAAAUGUUUUAGUAUGAGGCUAGCAGAUGGGACUGUGCAAUACAUGAUGAUUUUCAUUGGUUAGUUUGAUUGCUCAAAUAAUUAUUUCUUAUCUGCAUUCAUCCAGCUGUGAUAGCUCAAACACAUUAACUUCUGUUCAGUUCAAUAAUUUGGGCCUCCUCUCUGAUGAUGCCAUUUAUAAUACAUUUGUAAGUAAACAUACAAUUAUUUCUUGAGAUUUUUUGUUAAUUUCCAAAGACAAAUUCUAAUUACUGGGUUGCUCAUAAAUCAGCCUCUUAAUUCAUGUUUCUAUACUUUCAUGUUUAUCCAUUUUCAAUAAUGGAAAUGUGAACAUUCCUUUGUAAGAAUUAGCUCACAUUAAUGCAUUCUUAUUUAAGAGUAUGAGUAUAGGUCUGCACUUUCCAACUAUGCGUAGAUGUUGACAUACUCUAUUGUACCAGUAUGUUUGGUUGUUAAAUUUUCAUGUGUCACAGAAAAAGGCAUUUCUUUUUACGGUACAUUUUUUUGUGAACUAAUGACAUGCUGAAUGAAACACUCAUUAAUACUAGUCCCCACCAUUAUAGAAGGAUGUAGCAUGAAGUGAUGAAUGUAUUUGUAUUUCCCUGUAAAUGUGGGUAUUGUUACAUGACCAUUGACACUUACGAGUUAUUGGUAGGAAAUUAUUCAUGUUUGUAUGUAACAAAGUGUGCUGUAACAUUGUGUGCUUCCAAUAAACAACAGUGCCC